GUUUUAGGGGCCUACAAGAAACGAAAACAAGGUGCAUGUAGCGGCUUUGCUACCUUUGCAACCUAUUUACAGAAGACCCAGAAGCGGGUGCAGCAUCUCAACAAUAUUAGAGAUAAAUAAUCGGUUUUCAUCGAUACUGCAGAGGUGAUGCAGCUGUCGGCAGCAGACUACAGUGAAACCACAGGGAUGCCUGCAGUAGAGAGCAACCAUGCACAGCGUGUGCUGUCCUCCCUGAACCAGCAGAGGGCAGUGGGGAGGUUUUGUGAUGCAGUGUUGAAUGUGGGAGGCGGGGUGGUUUACUUGGCCCAUCGCAGCAUCCUUGCCUGUUUCAGUGAAAUGUUCCAACAGUCCAACACGCCCACUGCAACGUGCAUGGAGUUCUCCCUGCAGGAGUGCCCCAAAGACGGCCUGGAGCUGCUCCUGAACUUUGUCUACACCGGAGAGCUGAAGUUGGAUCCGGACAACCUGGAGAAGGUGCAGCAUGCAGCAGCCAGCCUGUGUGUACCAGAAGCUCUCACACUCUGUCAGCAGUUCAAGGAAACCUCUGCUGAUCCUGUGCCUUUCAAGCGUAAAAGAGGCAGACCCAGAAAGUCCACAUCAGAUACAAAGCCUCAUUGUUCAGUCAAAGAAGAGAACUUGCUUACAAUCACAAAGGAUGAGUCCAGCUUUGAUACUGCUACAACUGCUUUUAGCAUGACAGCUGGCGCCACUACCACCACCACCACCCGCUCUGGUCGGGUAGUGAAGGGCCCCAGACGACUGGUGACUGAUGAGAGCCCCCAGAGCGCUCCACUUCUCCCCACUGAGACAGAAAGUGGCGAUGUUGCUGUGGAGAGCCGAAGCUCAGAUCAGCCAACUGGUGAAACUGAGAUUACUGACUUGCAGAUUGACAUAAAUGACAAUGGUGUUAGCCAGGUAAUGGAGGAAGAAGAAGAAGAAGAAGAAGAAGAUGAUGAUGCGGGGGAUUUUGAGGGCAUCACUGAAGACACCGAUGAGGAGUAUGUGCCCGUUGAAGAGCCCAGUUCUUUAGCCCCGUCCACAUCAACGACACGGAAGCGCAAGGCGCAGAGCAAAACGGAUAAAAGCGAGAAUGGUGAGGCUGUGGAAGAAGACGCCAAGAAGGACUGUGUGCAGUGUCCCAUCUGUAACAAAUCCUUCAAGAGCAAAUACUACCUUAAAGUCCACAACAGGCGGCACACAGGGGAGCGGCCCUUUGGUUGCCUUAAAUGUGGAAAGAGGUACUUCAGGAAGGAGAAUCUUUCGCUACACGAGAUCAGAGACUGUGCUAAAGUACAGACGUACAGCUGCGCGACAUGCUCCUCAACGUUUCAAGGAAAAGAAGAGCUCCGUUUGCAUGUGGUGUCCCACACAGGGAACAUGCCCCACAAGUGUUCAUCAUGUCCUGAUCAGUUUAUGCACAAGAAAAACUUGACAAUUCACAUGAUGAAGGUCCACGGUCAUCCCAAACCACAUGCAUGUCCCCAGUGCCCCAAAACCUUCUUAACUCGGACAGAGCUGCGUGUGCACGAAGCAGCCAAGCAUCGAGGCGAAAAGCCGUUUGUGUGCGAGGAGUGUGGCCAUCGGGCGUCGAGUCGAAACGGCCUGCAGAUGCAUAUCAAAGCCAUUCACAGAAACGAGCGCCCUUUUGUAUGCUCCUUAUGUGGCCAUGCAUUCUCCCAGAAGAACAACCUAAACAUGCACCUGCGUAUACACAGUGGUGAGAGGCCGUACCAAUGUCAUCUCUGUGGCAAAACCUUCAGGACUCAAGCCAGUCUAGAUAAACACCACCGGACACACACCGGUGAGCGUCCGUUUAGCUGCGAUGUGUGUGAGCAGCGCUUCACAGAGAAAGGCGCCCUCGUCCGCCACAAGGCCAGCAAGCACGAGGAGGGCCGUCCCCACUGCUGUCACAUAUGUGGCAAAACCUUCAAAGCGAGAGAGCAGCUUCGUGUUCACCUGCGCCGCCAUAAGGGAAUGAGGAAGUUCGAGUGUAUAGACUGCGGCUACAAGUUCACUCGACAGGCACACUUGCGGCGACACAUUCAAAUCCACAAGCGCACGGAGAACUACAACCCCCGGCAGAGAAAACUCAGGAACUUGAUCGUGCAGGACGUGGACGGAAGUCCUGGUGAGAACGAAGCGACGAAAGAAGCGGAAGACUCGCUGAUCGCAGGGGAGAACAAUUACGUGCCAGAGACCGCCGACGUCCAGGAAUCCACAAACCCAGAGCAGGACUCGGGGACAGGCCUCAAUUCUAGUUGCAUAGUGAGGGUGGUGAUCGAGUCGAGCGACGCGGUGUUGGAGGAGGUGGUGUCCAACCAGAGCCUGGGACACGUCGAGGCGGCGGAGAGUUUCUCUGUGCCGGAAGUCUUGCAGCAAACGCAGCUGCACACUGAGGCGUUCGAGUCCACGAUGGACGGAGGGAAUGGUUGAGAGUGAAACUGUGACUGUGUGCAGCCCACUCGGAGUUAAAGUUACUGUGAAGAACACUUCCUAAAGAAGCACUUGUAUGUGAUGUGAGGACAUUUGGCCUUCCAGAUCCAAAGAUGAAGCUGCAACACAGUCAGCUACUUUUGAGUUUCUAGAUGUGCAAGAGACGAGCAGCAACUAACUUACAUGCGUUUAGUAGUUAACAGUAAACUGCAUGAAUGUGAAAUUAUAUAUGUGUUGGCUUUGUUAAGCCUCUUUUUUUAUCAAUGUGCCUACUGCAGCUCAACUCAGAAAUAAAUGAUCCUCAGUGGC